AUGCAGCAACUGGACUCGCUGUCUCGGACGAGUCCAGCCUAUCGGAGGACCUUACGCGAGCUCAGAUCGGUGUGCGGAAAGAACGGAAUGUUGCCAAGAUCGUGUUGGCUGUUGGAUCCUAUCCGAUCUACCGAUGAAGGCCCUCGCUCGUUCGGAGGCUUUGCGGACGUUUGGCGGGGCACGCAUAACGGGGUGACGGUCGCGUUGAAGCUCAUGCGACUGAAUUACGGUGAACAAGCGGAAUUUGGUAAGGUACUCUGCAAAGAAGUCGUCAUGUGGCGGAGACUUUCGCAUCCAAACAUUGUGCCAUUUCUGGGCGUAGCCUAUUGGCGUCAACGAAUAUGCAUCGUCUCGCAAUGGAUGGAGCACGAAGACGUGAUGUCCUACCUCAAACGUUUCCCGCAGGCAAAUAGAUUAGCAAUGAUCACAGACAUCGCCCGUGGAUUGAAGUACAUGCACGAGAGUGGGGUCGUACAUGGUGAUAUGAAGCCUCGCAACGUUCUCAUAGACAGUGCCCGUCGCGCACGAUUGAGCGACUUUGGUUUAGCCGUAACCGCGUUCGGGACACAGUCGCUUGCCCUAGAAUCUGGGACCUCCUCUCAUUCGGGUACCGUACGAUACAUGGCUCCCGAGCUCUCCGACCAAAGGGCAGAGGGCCAGGGGUUAACGAAGGAAGCGGAUGUGUAUGGAUUUGGGAUGACCUCAUGGGAGAUAUUCGAUGGCAGGAUCCCCUUCCCUGAGCUACGAUCCGACUAUGCGGUGCUGAUUAAAGUCCAACGAGGUGAACGGCCGUCUCGCCCAGCAGUGGAAUUGGUAGACAAUGUGUGGGCGUUGAUGAAGGCAUGCUGGUGUGAUGAUCCAUCAGCGCGACCUUCCUCGACGUACAUUCUCACUCAACGUGAGGGCCCGUAUGACACUCGAUAUUGA